CAAAAGUAAAAUUUGACUUUUCACGCUUCGUGAAAUAUAAAUAUACUUCUUAGUAUUUCGGAAUUACUUUUCUGCUGCUUCUUAAACUAUAAUUCAUAAAUGAAGACGGUAAUGACUCCACAAUCUUCGACUGUGCAAAUUGUAUCUUCAAGUUCGAUCAUGAAAAAUGACCGCAGGGCAUCGAAACCUUUGAUGGAAAAACGACGCCGCGAAAGAAUAAACAAAAGUCUUAACGAAUUAAAGUCAAUUCUCCUUCAUGCACUCCGUAAAGACCAAAGUACCUGUCAUUCUAAAUUGGAAAAAGCUGAUAUACUAGAAAUGACUGUACGAUAUCUACGUGGAAUUCAACGCCAAAGAAUGAAUGCUGCUAUCACACUCGAUCCAUCAGUUGUCUCCAAAUAUAGAAACGGAUACGUAGAAUGUAAAAAUGAAGUAUCACACUUCUUGGAAAAUUCAUCAGAAAAUGUUCAUCCUGACGUGAAAUCCAGGUUAAUAAACCACCUUGGGAACACUUUACCCCACCAGCCUGUCCAUCAACUUCCACCGCACAUGAUGUGUUCAAAUGCUCGCACUGCUCCUCUACUCACAACCACAGCACCCGUCGCCGCAGGUCCCAACGUUACACCUUUACAAAUCCAAAUGUCGCCCAACACUCAAAUCCAACAAGCUAUGGCAGCGGCAGCAGCAGCAAUGGCACAAAACCGAUCAAUUCUCACGCAUCAUAUUAACUACUCAAGUGAAGAGUCUCCUCGACCUUCACCGGAUGCAAACAUUGCAUCAAUAAAUGAAUCUCAAAGAAGAAACAGUUCUUCAUCAUUUACAUCAUCCGGGUUCGUGUCUCCCGGCUCACCCCUCUCGCCUUCGACAUCCCCGAGCAAAAGCAAUGUCCAAGGUAGUUUCAUGUUGUUUCCUCAGCAUUGCUCACCUGUCUCACCUAUGUCCGCGGAGGAGGGAAGACACGAGAGCGCUCCAACAUCACCUGCCGCUUCCUCAUUUUCCCCAACCCCGGAAUCUCACCAUCCCACAACAAGCCACGUUCGUUCCAUCUCGCCAUCGGGUAGUGAGAUGAGUGAUUCUGAUCCAGUAUGGAGACCAUGGUAAAAUGGAAAUAAAACUUCCAAACGUUUCAUCCGUACUAUUAAAACCAGCAACUGAACGUGUUGAUAUUUUUAACCCGCGCAUAUAUUCGCUAAAUAAAGCUUUCUAAAGGCUGCUACAUAUCUUGCUUUUCAUGAUGAUAGUUUUGACUUCAAAUUAAUGUUUGACAAUUUCGUUUUUAAAAAGAUUCGCAAAUCGCGAUGAAUAUUUGUUUUUAACGCGGCGCAUUUGUAUUGUGCCUUUAAUGUUUCUUGUUGACGGCGUGAUUUUUAACGUCAUUUUCAGUUCAAUACCUUUAUAUUGUGAUAAAAAAAUAAAACGGAAAA